UAUUUACGCGAUUACCGCCCUUGAGUACUCUCUACAUCCGCCAUUACGGUACUGAAGAAAAAUCCAAUACAAUCAAACCGCUAUACGAUAAAUCAAUAAUUUCUUCAUAGAUUUGCAACAUUUACGCUAGCUGUGCAAUUAUUUAGUGACAAUGCCUUAUCAGAGAAGUGGUGGAAAGCAAUGUGUUGUAGUUGAAUGCAGAAAUAGCCAGAAAAAGCUUCACGACUGGAAAAUUUCAUUGUGUAAUGAACAUAAAACUGAACACAAAGACUGUGCGUGUUUACCACCCUACAAACUCCACUGCAUUCCAGCAAACGAAGAAAAACGAAGACUAUGGAUUAAAUCCAUAAACAGAAAAGAUUUCAAUCCAGCAUCUAAGUCUGUGGUGUGCUCAGUUCACUUUGUCGAUGGACGUCCAACCAAGGAGAAUCCAAUACCAGUAUUAAACAUGGGUUAUACAGCGCCAGACAUGACUACACCUGCACGAAGGCCACCGCUGGUGAGGAAGUCAUUGAACAUGAAUACGCCUAAGUCAACAACAGGAAGCAAACAUUUGUCAACUCCGGAAACUUCAUGUUCUUCAGAAAUUUUAACAGCAACCCCAUUACCAGCAUCUGUAUUUGGUUCAAAAGUUAGCCAGGAAUGUCUUUCUGUGUGUUGUACCCUAAAUCCUGAUCAGUGUUUUAACAAACCUAAAAUGGUGGAUUCAAGCACCCAGACAAUUGACAUUGUUGCUUUAGACCAUAACUAUGGAUAUACUAAAAGAACCAGGAAUGCUUCAUGCCAGCAAACUUCAGCUGAAUUUUCUGUUGACAAUGUCACCUCUGAUUCAGAUGCAAGGUUUUACACUGGUCUCAGUUUGACAGUACUAUUAACAUUAAUUCAGACUUUGUCAGUGUUUGGAAAAAAGUUACCAUACAAGCUCCGAAUUGAAGACCAGAUACUGUCUGUAUUGUUACGCCUCAGGCUUGGAUUGACUUUCAGUGACUUGGGCAGACGUUUUAAUAUUUCUACGCAACUGAUGAGCAAUAUCUUUAAUUCAUGGAUAAGCAUUAUGGCAAAACACUUGUAUGAUAACUGUGUUAUGUGGUUACCAAGAGACACAAUACGAAGAACACUACCAUCAUCUUUUAAGGAUACAUAUCCCAAUACAACAUGCAUCAUUGACUGUUCGGAAAUUUUUAUACAGAGACCAUUUCAAUUAAAAGCCCGUGGGAAAACAUGGAGCACGUAUAAAAAUAAUAACACAGGAAAGUUUCUCAUUGCUAUUGCACCAAAUGGUUUCAUAAUGUUUGUGUCUUCACUAUUUGGUGGACGUGCCAGUGACAAUUACAUUACUAAACACAGUGGCUUCCUUGACUACCUCCUCCCUGGAGACGAGGUAAUGGCUGAUAGAGGUUUUACGAUCAGUGAAGAUCUUUGUGCUAGGCGUGUGAAGUUAAAUAUUCCAGCAUUCAUGAAGGGACGGAACCAGUUAACCGAGUACGAGGUGAUAGACACUAGAAGAAUUGCCUCUAACAGGAUUCACGUAGAACGAGCAAUAAUGAGGAUGAAGUCGUAUCGUAUAUUAAAUACAAAAAUGUCGAAUAAAUCCCUGAGAAAAGCCAACAAAACUCUGUGUACUGUAGCUGGUUUGUGUAAUUUAAGGGAUCAACUCAUCAAGGAAGACAGCGAAAGUGAGGACUAAAGUGAAACUUAACUUGUGAUACAGACUGUGAAUAUCUGGCAUAAUUAAUUACAGUAAUGUUAUCAAAAACAGUGGUAUUGAACCAAAACUGCAUUAAUUUUGAAAUGUAUGCACUGACCUGUUGUCUGAGAGUACAUGUACAUGUAUGUUGGUAUUAAUUUAAAAUAAAUCUACAUGAUUAAAUGUACACAUUAAUGUGAGUAAACAUAUUUCCAUGUAAAAGUGUAAUUUUACUUUGUGACCAUUUUUAGCCCCAAAGAGAUACUGUAAUAAAUACUGUAAAAGACUUGCAUUCUGUGAGAUUUGAUUCUGCAAAUUUUAUAAUACCUCGGCAGUCAUUCGAUUUGCGGCUGCAGUAUCUGUUUUAUAAAUGCAUUAAAAAGAACUAUUUCCAAGAUGUAUGAACACGCGAAAUUUAAAAUCUCACAAAAUAUAAGACUUUUACAGUAUACUUAUAUAGUUAAGGAGUUAUUUCAACUUAUCUGAGACACAAAAGUUGUGACUCUCGCCAUGCAAGCCCAUAGUCAUACCAGUCAAGCUACCUGGAUUGAAGCAAACAAUAAUUUUCCAAAUUAAUAAUUAUU